UUCCACGUCAAUAAAUUUGUGAAACGGAAAUAAAUCCCUAAGUCUAAACGCCACUUCCGCUAGAUGAUUUCUUUUGUUUUUCGCGUUCUCUGAUCUAUUACGGGGAUCUAUCUUUGUUUUGUGAUUUUGUAGACUGGACACUAAAGAAAAACUAUUCAAAGAAGUAGAUCUGCGAGAUCCAAACCAUGUCUGCAGAACAGCUGGACCUGUCCCCUCCUGAAGUCCCUGAACCCACAUUACUUGAGAGUAUUCUGCGCUACGGGCUUUUUCUGGGCGCCAUCUUCCAGCUUAUAUGCAUUCUGGCUAUCAUCUUCCCCACAUCCAAGAGCCAACCACAGGAGGAGGUGGAGCCCAGUGAAAGUAAACCGGCCGAGCAGAUAAAGAAACCUAAAGGACCUGCACCUCAGAGCCGACAAAAACCUAAAAAAGAAAGUAAAAAGAAGCGAUAAAGUGCUACACAUUUGUAUGAGUUAAUGCAAAAGAAUGUUUAACUCGUCUACAAGUUUCAACUGAAACAACAAAUACACUAAUGUCAUUUUACAGCAGUCCUAUUUGAAAGCAACUUACGGCAACCUUCUACUCAGAUCAAGCAGUCCUGGUGUUUGCCUUUUUUUUUACUGAGAAACAUAAGUUUUCAUUGUGCUUUUUAUGGGUAGUAAUGACUAUAGUAUAUCUAGAUUCAUACUGAAAAAAAUACAGUUAUGUCUUUAAGUGCACUAAAGUGUAUACUCACUACCAAAGUUCAAUGUAUUGUUUAUGGUAUGAAAUUAUUCUAUUUCCAACCAAUUAUAUUGAUACCAGCACGCCAGAGGUAAUUCCUUCAUUUUGAAAUUUUAAAAGUAUUUCUUGGACAACAUUUAUGUCACAUUUUAUUAGAAAAAGACAUCUUUGUGUUUCUUUCUUUUGCUUUUUUGUAUUUUUUUGCCAUUUUACAUAAUGGAAAGUAGUAUUGAAAUAGCAUCUGAAUAAAACAGAUUUUAUACAUA